UGGCGGGCACGUGUCAACUGUCAGUAACUAACAAUCAGGACCGAAUGCAACUGAUUUCAGGACACUCCCUUUUAGUAUAAGAAAGAAAGAGCUGAAAUCGGCUAAAACAAAAACAAAACAGAGAGAUUUUCUCUUUCUCUUUCUUUGUCGAUUUUCUACUAUUUUGUCUGAAGAUCUGAGAGAAUGGGGAGAAUGGAGUAUUUGGCGUUGAAGACAGACCAAACAAGCAGCGAGUUGAUCGCAUCUGAUCUGAAAGAGCUUGGGAAUGCUGUGAAGAAGCUCGCCAGUCACGCCACCAAGCUCGGAUUCGGCACGACCCUCCUCAAAUGGGUGGCAUCGAUCGCAGCAAUAUAUUUGUUGAUCUUAGAUCGAACGAACUGGAGGACAAACAUGCUGACAUCACUCUUGGUUCCUUACAUUUUCUUGAGUCUUCCUUCGGCAUUUUUCGAUUUUUUAAGAGGAGAUGUUGGGAAAUGGAUCACCUUCAUCCAUGUUGUUUUACGGCUCUUCUUUCCUCGACAUUUCCCAGACUGGUUAGACAUUCCUGGGUCGUUGAUUCUUCUGGUGGUUUGUGCUCCUCAUCUCUUUGCCCACACGUUCAAGGACAGUUGGAUGGGUGUUGUCAUAUGCCUGGUUAUUGGUUGCUACCUCCUCCAAGAGCAUAUCCGAGCAUCAGGUGGAUUCCGAAACUCUUUCACUCUGAGCCAUGGGAUCUCCAACACGCUCGGCAUCAUUGUUUUGCUGGUCUAUCCCAUUUGGCACCUGGUACUGCACUUCCUCUAAGACCAUUUCUACAACAGCUCUGUUAUUUAGCUCCAAUGGUUUUAUGGCUCAAAAACCGUCACUUGAUUUGAUUGCCUUGUAUGUUUCAUUUGUUGGUUAAAGACAUUGAAGUUUGUUAUGGUACCUUUUCCUACUUGCA